UUGGAAACUUGCUUUUGAUGGUCCUCACAGACUAUUUCCAUGAAAAUCCGGCCAGUUCUGUUCCUUUUCGACUUUGUAUUGAUGGAAAAUGGAUUCUUGUUGAUGAACAACUUUUAAGGGCACAUCCUGGGGGAGGGGCAAUGCUUGCCUAUCGAAAUUUGGAUGCAACUGCUGUUUUUCAUGCUUUUCACGCCGAUUCAAAGCUUGCAUAUAGCUGGUUGAGAGAAUUACGGGCUAAACAAACGACUGUGGAUUCUCUGGAAGGGAAUGGCAUUGUACACGAUUUGACAAACGGAGAACAAAAGGAUGAAAAUGAGGAAAAGACUGAUCUCCACGAAAAAGAAAUUAAAAAGCGUCUUUUAAAUGUUAAUAUGGGAAAAUUUGAAUUAAAUUCAGAGGAGAGCGAAAAGAUUUGCCAGUCAUUUUCAAGAUUAAAAAUUCAAGUUAGAGAAAAGGGGUUAUUUAAAGCAGAUAAUAGCUAUUUUGCCAGAAAAUUUAUUGAAGCAAUUGGUCUCAUUUCUUUUUCACUUUUUCUACAAUCUAAAGAAUAUUUUGUAUUAUCUGCACUUUUUAUGGGUUUGGCAUGGCAGCAAUUGGGGUGGAUGAUACAUGAGUAUGGUCAUCAACAACAUUUUAAGAAUCAUUGGUGGAAUGAUUGUUGUGGUUAUGUUUGUGGAAAUUUCCUUCAAGGCUUUUCUCUAGCAGGGUGGAAGAAUCAACAUAAUGUACACCAUGCUGCCACAAAUAUAGAUGGUAGAGAUGGAGAUUUGGAUUUACUUCCUUUAUGGGCUACUGUUGGAACACAUUUGAUGAGAUUAGAAGGCAAUUCCUUAUGUGCUCGAUUAAUUCCUUUUCAACAUUUAUAUUGGGCUUUUGCACUUCCUUUGCUUCGUCUUUCUUGGCUUUUACAAACUUUACAAUUUGUUUUUAGUAUGCAAUCAAGUUUUUAUAAUAUUUACAGAGAAAGAGCUUUAAUAGAACAAUUAACAGUUAUUGCUCAUUGGACUUUAGUAUUGACUCAAUAUUAUUUUUUACCUAAUUAUCAGGUCCGUCUUGAAUAUUUUUUAAUUUCACAACUUUUUGCUGGAUUUUUACUAUCACAUGUAGUCACUUACAACCAUUAUUCUACUGACAAAUUUCCACAUAACGACCCAAUUCUAAGUAAUUAUGCUUGUCUUCAACUUUACACAACUCGAAAUAUGAGGCCGGGUUUGAUAAUUGAUUGGCUUUGGGGUGGAUUGAAUUAUCAAAUCGAGCAUCAUUUAUUUCCUACAAUGCCUAGACAUAAUCUUAAAAAGGUAAUGCCAUUAGUCAAAGAAUUUUGUGCUAAAAACAAUUUGCCUUAUAUGGUAGACGAUUAUUUUACCGGUUUCAAAUUAACUAUAAAACAUUUACAUAAUGUUGCUGAUAUUGCUAGUGAAUUUUUCCAACGGAAAUUGAGUGGAGGAUAA